CUCUCACCUCUAUCCCGAGCGACCCCCUUGCCAUUGGCCAGGUCCCCUGAACCCUCAGCACCACCACCUCAGCAGCCAGGAGCAUUUGGGAGAGCAGGAGAGAGAGGGUAGAUGAUGAAGAUGUUGGUACACCUCAUUUUAGGACUCUUCGUCUUGAAGGCGGCAGUGGCCGUGCCCUCCCGACACGCUCGGCAGGUGGAGCUUGACACGUACGACUCAGCCAGCUAUGACAUAGAUCUGGAAAACUUGAACUUGGAGACCCAGGACAUCUACGACUACAGUGACAUACUGACCAUCGAUGAACCUCAGAUAGAGAUCGGCACUUUGGCCCCCCUGGUGGACAGUUACCUGGCCCCAACCGCCUCCCUGGAGGAGGGGGAGGAGCUUCUCCAGGGACCGCCCUUCUCCGCCAGCGCCACUAGUGCCAGUGCCACCAGCGCCAUCUCUGAGGACUCUGGGGACUCGGGGGACUCUGGGGACUCUGGGGUCUCUGUAGACAUCGAGCCUGACAGGGGACCCACCUGUCUGUUGUGCACCUGCCUGGGGGGGUCAGUGUACUGUGACGACCUGAGGCUGGAGAGCGUGCCCCCCCUCCCCAAAGAGACCACUCACUUCUACGCCCGCUACAACAGGAUCAAGAAGAUCAACAAGUCCGACUUUGCUCAGAUGAACAAGCUGAAGAAGAUCGACGUGACCGGUAACCAGAUCUCGGCCAUCGACGAGGACGCCCUGUUCGGCCUGCCUGCCCUGGAGGAGCUGGUGGUGAGGGAGAACAACGUGGCACAGCUGCCCGCCCUGCCCGCCAGCAUGGUCCUCAUCGACGCCAGCCACAACAGGCUGGGCAGGAGGGGCAUCCAGAACGAGGCUUUCAAGGAUAUGCACAACCUGAUGUACCUCUACUUGACUGACAACAAUAUCGCCCACAUUCCUCUGCCGCUUCCUGACAGCCUGCGCUCUCUGCACCUACAGAACAAUAACAUCCAGAUGAUGCAUGAGGACACCUUCUGCAACAUGAAAGAUUUCAACUACAUCCGCAAUGCACUGGAGGAUAUCCGACUGGAUGCCAAUCCCAUUAACCUGAGCAAGACUCCACAAGCCUACGUCUGUCUGCCCCGUGUACCUGUAGGAAACCUCGUUUAAACACACACACACACACACACACACACAUACACA